AUGAAGACGACGAGUAGCCUUUUACUGGUGAGCUUGCCGGUGGGGGCCUCACUCCGCGGGGUCGCAAGGGGCUGGUCGGGGAUCAACUCAAGUUUUGACGAGGGCACAUUCGAGUACCUGAUCAACCUUCGCAGCUUAUACGUGCUGCCAUGCCAAGGCAUUGGCGUGCCGUUGCCUCCAUUGGGCAGCAUGGCGAGAAGCCAUGAGCCAGAGUUAUCGUCCGCAGCCUCCAGCUGGCAGCUCGCCGCGCUCACAACCAAUACGAUACACGGCACCGAGGCUGGUGCCUUCGAGAACGCCAUGACCCUAACGGCCCUGCGGAACUUACUUCCUGCGUUUUAA